AAGCUGAACUGUUGCCACCAUGCACGAUAGCUUGUGGAGUGGUCUUAUCUUAACUGCUCUCCAGCAUCCAGGAGUUAAAAGACGAGUCUCCACACAUACACUCCGCAUCGGAGUUGCUCUGUUGGGCACCGAGUCCAUCUCAAGAUGAGGAAAGGUGCCCUCGCUCUCCUCCUCCUGCUCGCCUUCGCUUCCCAUGGCGCCAUGGCUGAUGAAUCUUAUCGUCGUCUGAGGCCUCGUCUCCAGAUGCAGGGACUGCAUGAAAUCCAAGGCAAGAGGCUCCUGGAGAUAGUGACUCCCAGGAAGCUUGGGCACAUGGGAGGAGGUGGCCCCGGCGGUGGAGCGAGCGGUGGCGGGAGGCACACCGGUACCGGUGGUGGCGCGGCAAACACGAGGCCGCACAACACCAAGAACGGUGGCGCUGUGGCGCUUCCGGCUCUGGUGACCUCCGUUCUGGCACUGGUUUUCACCACUGCCAUUCUUCUCUCGGCCCUCAGCUUCUAAAGUACUGAUCCUGUUGCGGGUGGUAGUGCUAGUACCUGUGUAGUGCGCAGUUUCAGAAAUUGUUUGCCUAAUGUUCGUCGAUAUAUUGGACUAAUGUGUUGUUUAUUGUCUAGUACAGUACUUAUCAUGUCAGUGUGCUGUGUAAGUUCUUGAAUUACCAAGCUAUGUUUAGUCAGAUGGAACCAGAUUAUCCUCCUGUAACAGUCAAUACAAGUAUGUACACCAAACAAUCGACAGUAUGUAAUGUACAGAUCAAUUGGAAUUCAGACAUUGCAUAUACUGAAA